UAGGGGAUGGCGCGCUAAAGACAUCACCAGAGAGAGAGCCCAGCCUAUUGCGAUCAGAGGACCGGCGACGAUAGAGGAGGAUCACGCUGAGGCACGACUCGAGAGUUUGCUCGCACGCUCACAAGCAUGCCCGGACCACGGCGCGACGCAUACGCUUUGCUCGAGUCGUCAUUCCAAGCGUCCCCCAACCUGCGAUCUCACAAAGCACUCCCGCGCCGACGAGACGACUCUGGCAGCUUUCAUCCCGCUGCAGAGCCGCUCAAGGACGCCAUAUCGUAUCCCGACGAUGAAACCGAGCCGCAAAUCAGCACCCACCAUCGCUCGCCGCUCGCAUCAUCGGGUGCUCCGACCGGAGCAGAUACAGGUCUGCCGCCCACUCCCCCUUCGAACUCGCAAGACGGCAUACAUCCAACAGAGUACAACCCACCGCCACAUGCCGACGGCCUAGUCGCAUCGUUGGCGUCGAAGAAGUCGACCGUACGGACCCCUGUCAACCAGCGCAGUCCUCCCACACCCGAUCCGAGUCCGCCGCGGACUACCGAAUCCAUGAGCACGCCCGAGCGCCCACCCCUGUUCGCAUACCCGUCGUCGAGAGCGGAAUCAUUCACGACUGCAAGAGAAGACCUUUCCACGGAGGGAGAUAGUCGAUCGGCUACACCAUUGGGACAUCGGCUGAGCACCGUGGAGGAGGACCGAGGACUGGGUCUCGCAUUUGAGAGGGAUGAUAAUGACCCGACGCCGACGAACAGGAUAGAGACUACAUAUCCAGAGAAUCAUGCGACCACGAGUGAGCAGGCGGGAGACAAGGAUGCCCUGGAUGUGGAGGAUAUACCGAAUAGGGAAUGGGAUACAAAUUUGAUGCGGAAUGUCACAGUUCGCAGGAAACGAAGCCCGAAACCUUCCCCACAGAAGAAUCUGGAUUCCAUAGAUACCUCAUCCCAAGCAACCCGGUCAACACGGCGCCGAAGUAACAGCCUGCGCGAGCGCAUAGACGCGAGCAAAAACAGCCCGCAGACGCCGUCCAUGGAGGAUUUCGCGAAAUCAAUUGGUUGGCCGACCGAGCCCAAGGACAUCCCCGACGGCAAGCCGAAUGAUGCCAACGAUAGACGUCUCUCCGGGUCGUCCAUGUCUUCAACGGUUGUGGAAGCCAUGGUUAUCGUGACGCCUCCGCAGAAGCGACGGACGCUUCGCCAUUCCGGAAAGAAUUUGGCUUUUAGGAGGGAUACUGAUUCGCCAACGGAAUUUGGUUCAGUAACCUAUUCCAACCGCAACUCGAUGCACUCGGACGAUGUUCCGCUUCACAAGUUGGUCCACAAGAGAGCGAGCAUCAGCGAAAGGAAGAAGAGGGCUAGCACGGAUUCCGACACUCUAGGGGAUAGGACCGCUUCUCCGCUAUCAGUCCGAAAGCGAAGCCAAGACAGUGCAGCGUUCACGCUUGCUCAUCAAGAAUCCGUGAGGCGAGUGCUACAACCCGCCGCGGAGAUCAUGAGCAGAUCCAAUUCAGUGGCGCGACCUACUGCGCCGGAGAGGAGCUACCACAAACGCAUCUCUUCCGCGCCCGAACCUACAAGAAGACGGGAAGCUUCUCCUACUCCGCAGACGUUCCUUGAAGCUUCUCCGCCAGAUAGUCCGAGCCCAAGAAGACCGAGAAACGCCCCAACGAAGCUACGCUACGUCGAGCGGACUUCAUCUCCUACUCCCGCGGACGCGCCUCAGGAAGCGUCGCAGAGCUCGCCGAAAUCACCGAAAGUGCUCUCACCAAUACGGAGAUUUACCGAGCCAAUGAGUCCAAUCAAUCUGAACAAGUCCCUCCCCGAGCUUCCUAUGGAACUUCCCAUCCAAACAACGAAUGAGUUGGCACCGCAGGAGGAUGGCAAGGAUCAGGUCAUCGGGACAGAUCCGGAGCACCGACCUCCUUCUCCCCUUCUCGAACGGGUGCGAAAUCUGCUUGCCGAACGUGAAGCCGCGGAAGCGCCGCAACAAGCUGGUGCUGAGCCUCGUCAACCAACAGAGUCGUCAAGACCGCGUGCUUCUUCGGCAGAGUCGGUACCAACGAUUCGUCGAGGUUCUGUUUCGACACGCGGGCGGUCGGAGGAGAGGAGACGAAGCUCCCACAGUCAGGAUCGUAGUUCGACCUCACCCCAGACUCUUCCUCGCUUUAGCUUGGACCGCGCGCCCACAGAAGAGAUUCCGCGUACCAGCCAUGAAUGGCACUCUUUCCACACGGAUGAGCACGGGCGCUUAAGCUUCGACAGGUCGACCUCAAGAGCAGAGGAACAUGCCAUGGCGCGACAUCUUUUCGCGCAGACGACGCCGUUCUCACAAUUCUCACAAUUAUCAGACACGCCAAUCGAGGUCAGCGAGGCAACGGCAGUCAGCAUCUAUCCGCACAACAACCACUCCCUGCUUGUAGUACAGCAAGUUGCAAGGCCUCCACAAGCUCCGGAGCAGCGACAGGUUGCGAAUGAGCCUCACUUUACAUCAUCUCAUUUCCAAGAAUCAGAUGCGCUGCCAACACCACCAUUCGUCGACGCGCGCGAGGACCCACAUGAUCAAUUGCCAAAGCCGACGCUGACGUUCGAGCCGUCUACGCCUCCAAUGCAAAUUGCACUUCCCAAUCCCAAUGUAGUCGACUCACCUCUCAAGAACCCGCGGAAACCGCCCGAACCGCCAGUCGUUCAGCUCAUCCCGCCGACACCAAUGGAAGAACUAGAGCGCCAGCUCCCGCCCGGUCCGCCGAAGCGCUCGGAUUCGCACCCCCAACGUCGGUUGUCACUGAAGCAACGGGCGCGCCGCUACUCUGACAACUUGAUAACGCCGUUCCUCGCACGCGCAACCAGCAUACGCGGUCGACAUGCCAGUAAUUCGCACGCCGAACCCAAAAGCCCUCGCAUACCCACAGUGAAUGACGAGGAUGGCAGCCUGCAUCCGUUUUGGCGGCCUCGUGGUUUCUGGGAUGGAUUCGAGGACAGUGAGUCGGAUGAAGAGGAUGAUGCUAUCCUGCCCCAGGGCGGCGAUACAAGCGAUGUGGCAGAGCCGGAGCCCGAACCGCACAGCCCGCGCAAACUGGGUGUAUUAGGAAGAAGACUUACGAAUGGAUUCAAAGGCUCUGGCGGCUUCUUGAUCGGGAACUCCCUCGGUGUCGAACGCUCCGGUACGAACCGCCGUCGCCACCACGUCGAACUACCCGUGCACUCCCGCCGCACCUCCAAAUCUACCACCCGUACCAACGCCAGCGCACCGAAGGUCCUCAUCCAGCCGCCCACCUUACCGAUUCGCACUCGCUCUCCACGCAUCGAGCAACGAGGUAGCGGAACCAGCAUGCGCAGCUCUGGCUCUUACGAGCGUGGCGUCAGGAAAAGAGGGAGAUGGAGGGAUGGGAAGAGGAUUCCGGGCUUCAAGGGCGUGCAGGUUCAAUACAUCGGGCUCAGCGGGGUCAAGGAGCGAUUCCGAGAGAAGAAGGCGGAGAAGAGGAGAGAGGAGAUUAGGAAGAGCAUCGGGAGUAGGUACUAUGUGGAGCCUGCCUCGCCGGGUGUAGGUGGAAGUGCGACGUAAACACGGUCCGAACGGAGACGACUUCCCUUCGAGUUUCAGCAGCAAUGAGCAGGAGAAAAUUUUCGCCGAAGGUUCGAGAUUUCAACGGUUUUUCGCAUUUCUCAGGUGUUUCCAGCUUUGGUUCUGGACAGGAUCGGGCUAACUGCGGUUUCCCUUCUUCCUCUUUUUUUUUGCCUCUCAUCGUCCUCUUGCGGAGAUUUAUAGCUGUUCUUGACGAACGAACGGGUCGAACGUGUGGCACU